CAGUCCGGCGCCUCCUGUGCCCAGCGGCGCCUCGAAGCCGAAGGCGAGGACGAAGCCGAGGGCUCCGGCCGGCGCUUGCAGCAGAUGGCGCGGGUGACGUUUGUCAUCGUUUUUCCUGCCAGCAUGGGUGCAGAAGCAGCUGUCCAGGCGGCCGAAAGAAGCCGCCAGGCGAUCGAAGCCGCCAGGCGAUCGACGCCAUGUCGCUGCAACAGGUGAGCCAGUUGUUGCAUGAUGAGAUGCAGAACUUCUUGGGUUUGGCGUCAAUCACAGUCUUGGUGCUGAGCAAAAAUUUGAAUCUCAUCACCACGGUGAGCGUCGCCACCACCGUCACCAGUACCAGCACCAUGACCAGCACCCUGGACCGGAGCCCGGUGGACGAGGACGAUCUCGACGACGAGGACUUGGACGGCAACGGCAGCAACGAGACGGAGAUGGAAAAUGACAGUAAUAUGACCAUGGAAAACGAGACCAGCAUGACAAUGACCACUACCAUGGAGCCCACCACCACCACGGAUGCAGACAAAAACGCUUCCGACGACACCGACGGGAACGCGUCGGACGACAGCAGCGACCGCUGGAAUGCGUCCGAGUCCAUGGGUUUUGGCGCGGCGGGGCGCCGUCUGAUGAUGGGCAACGAGAGUGACGACUCCCAGAAUGAGAGCAACAUCUCGUAUGUUUUCUCGAGCGCGGCGUUGGUCACGGGAUGCCUAGACCUGUCGGUCUCCGAUAGCACGAGCUUCGUUUCUGACGCCACGGAGGCUCUGCAGAAGGCAGUUGCCCGAGCUGCUGGGGAUGAUGUCCUGGAAGGCUACGUGCAGGCCUCCAUCGUGGCGGGUGCCACCUGUAGCAGCCGACGCUUAGCCGGACGAGCCUUGCAGCAGGCGGUGAAGGUGGACUAUGUGAUCCAAUUCCCAGAGUCCUUGGGCAGCGCUGGCGUGCUGCAGGCUGCGACCGCCAGUCGAGCGGCGCUCGAAGCCAUCUCGCUGGUGCAGGUGAGCAGCAUCCUGCAGGAAGAGGUGCAGAAGAUUUCCAGCAUUUCAGGGAUCACCGUGUCGGUGACGGGCAAGACAGUGCAGCUGGUGCUGGAGACGACGGUCGACGAGGCCAACGACACCGAGGAGAACUUGACCAAUGUGACAGUUGCACCGCUGAGUUGUUUCACCACGCCCCACAUGGUGGUGAGGGGCGGCAAUCUCACCGUUCAGCUCGCUGAGGACUUGGCUCGCUUCACCGUCGACCUGAGCCGUGUGGCGCCGGAGGGUCGGUGGCUGCAUUUGGCCUAUGCCUGGGAGAACGGAGGCAUUGGCAGCAUCCUGUGGCUCAACGGCACCAGUGUGGCACUGCCCAUCACCACCACGGUGACGAUGACCACCACCACGGAACCGCUGGAUGUGAACGACACCUCGGACGCAGGUUCGGUGAGUGAAGUGAUGGUGAAUGAAACCACGCCCAUUGAGGAAAUCAUUUGGAGAGCUAGACAGGAGGGAUGGAUCGUGUUACCAGACCUGGUGGACUACAACUCCACUUUGCAAAACGACCUGGAUCUUGGAGAUCUCUACUUCGGCUGGCCCCUGCCGUCUGCUGACUUCGAUGUCCGCGACGCCAACGACGGCUGGCGGACGCUCUUCCGGCUUUAUGGGCAGAGCUUGGAUCCUUCAGAUGCUUCGGACCUCUACGAGCACGAGCAGCCCUACUGUCCAUUGGUCUUAUGUCCACGACUGGUCGCCAGUUCCUUGAAGAAUGUGGAGGUGGUGAGUUUACCCCGAAGAGCCCUGCCGGGAACCCACGCCGAGCUCCGCUGCGUGGGCGGCUUCCUCGGAAGCGUCGGCGAUGCCGCGCCGCGCUGUGGCACAGGUUCCUGGUCAACACUACUGGAGUGUUGCCAAUUUGAUCCCAACUUCUGCCCAGAGAUUCCACUGAUCUGGCGGCCCUCUAUGGCUGCGCCAGCGCAGGAACCCGAGAACUUCUCCUUAGAGGUGGAAGAGAAGAGCGUUCCCACAGAGCCAUGUCCAGGUGUUGUUUUGGAGGGUACCUGGCGUAGCUUGGGCGCCACCCUGCGAUUGCAUUGUCCCCCAGCCUAUGUCUUGCUGGCGGGCAGCAGCGAAGUUCGCUGUGCCAGCAACGGCACCGGCACGGAGAAAUCGGUGGCCACGGGAUAUUGGGAAGACGUCCUGGGAGGUGAAUAUGAAAUCCCGGUUUGUGAGCUUGAUGACCAUUGGUGUCCCGUACUUCAGCCGGGUGAGAAGAGCUACAUCUUCAACGUGACUCAGGGCCGGCGCUUGGGUUCACUCGUCUUCCUUCGAUGUCUCAACGACGUGGAGUGGGAACCCGAUGUCGGCAGCGUCACCCUGCGCUGCGGCAUGGCUGGUGACAGGCGGCACGGGCUCUGGGUGGACGCUUUUGGCGCGCCGGCGACAGCGCUGAGGUGUCGGCAGAAGGUGGUGACCACCACGGAGACGACUUCGACCAGUUUUAUUCCAACACGCGCUGGGGUGAUCUCGGGUCUACCAGGCGAUCAAGGGCUUCAGGCGGUCCGUUACCAUGCGGCCAAUGCCACCCUGUCCUGUGGAUAUCCCUUCGUGAACGUGGGAGGCGACGAGCACGUCUACUGCGUGGUCGGCCCGGCCCAGACGCCGGACGGCACCGGCGGCCGAUGGGUGGACGCUGAUGGAAGUAACAUCGAGCUUCCCAUUUGCGUCUUCCGCCGAGACUGGUGCCCACAGCUGGAAUUGCAAAAUUUGUUUAGCGAAGCUUUGCUCAGCAGCAGGGAGCCUCAGGUGUUCCGGGCGGACUGCAGGUGGAACCCACAAAGCGACAAAGCGCCUAUGAAUACGGAAGCGUGGCCACUUUGCGGUGCCACAUUGGCUACCAGCGUGUCUCUCGACGUAGAUUGGAUGGGAUGGGCCUCAAGCAUGACAGAGUGA